CGCGGAAACCUGGACUUCUUCGCUGAGCAGGCCUCGCUCCGCCUGGGGCUGCUCCGCGUGCAGGGAGGCCACGAAGCUGCCCGGGAGGCCUGUGCGACCGUAGCGCUCCCGUCGGGCGGAGCCCGCGGGCGCCGAGCGGGGUCGGGGCCUGGAGGGGAAUGAGCGUGGUUGUUACUGUGGUGACUUCGUUGUCGCUGUUCCGCGGACAGGACAGUGGACUGCCUGUGUUCCCCCUCACGUCCCGCGUCCCUGCGUUGCACGGGGUGGGACUCGUGUGUUUUGCAAAGUGGCCACGUUUUCUAAGCCUUCCGCCCUUGGCAAUUUUAGGAAGAGUUUCCAAGGUUCUUUUCGGUUCCUGUAGCGUUUUGUUCAGGACUUUUCUUUUUUAAAUACUUAUUUCUUUUUGUUGGAAAGGCAGAUUUGCAGAGAGGAGGAGAGACAGAGAACUUGCAUCUGCUGGUUGACUCCCCAAGUGAUCGCAAUGACCAGAGCUGAGCUGGAAGCCAGGAGCCUCCUCUGGGUCUCCCAUGUGACAGCAGCAUGGCUGUGCCCCAGACUUGUCCAGCAGGCUCCCUCCACGAUCCUGCAGGUGCCCUGCUGUCGCCCCAGCCCUGUCCUCAGAGCCUGGCAGAGGGCUUCCUGGAGGAAGAGCGUCGGCUCAAUGCUGAGCUGCGUCAGCUGCAGUUCUCGGAGCCUGUGGGCUUGAUCUACAAUCCCGUGGAAUACGCAUGGGAGCCACACCGUAGCUAUGUGACUCGCUACUGCCAGGGCCCCAAGGAAGUACUUUUCCUGGGCAUGAACCCGGGGCCUUUCGGCAUGGCCCAGACUGGGGUACCCUUCGGGGAAGUGAGCAUGGUCCGGGACUGGCUGGGCGUUGGGGGACCUGUGCUGACCCCGCCCCAAGAGCACCCUAAGCGACCAGUGCUGGGACUGGACUGCCCACAGUCUGAAGUAAGCGGUGCCCGAUUCUGGGGCUUCUUCCGGAACCUCUGUGGACAGCCCGAGGUCUUCUUCCGUCACUGCUUCGUCCACAAUCUCUGUCCUCUGCUCUUCCUGGCUCCCAGUGGGCGCAACCUCACCCCAUCUGACCUGCCUGCCAAACAGCGAGAACAGCUCCUUGGCAUCUGCGAGGGGGCCCUGUGCCGGCAGGUGCAGCUGCUGGGGGUGCGGCUGGUGGUGGGGGUGGGGCGGCUGGCGGAGCAGCGGGCACGGCGGGCUCUGUCAGGCCUCAUGCCAGAGGUGCAGGUGGAGGGGCUCCUGCACCCCUCUCCCCGCAGCCCACAGGCCAACAAGGGCUGGGAGGCAGUGGCCAAGGAGAGACUGACGGAGCUGGGGGUGCUGCCGCUGCUGACAAGCUAAGUGCCCCUGUGCCCAGUGUGGGCAGUGUUGGAAGCCCACUGGUGGGUCUUUGCACCCGCAGAAGGCUGUGGUCCCGGACCAGGCAGCAGAGCCUUCCUGUCGCCCACAUAUGUGCUCCUUGCCUUCUGGACUGGCACCUGUGAGCCAUGGAAAUUCCUACACUACUCCAGCUGUGCUCCUGGUGCCUGCCUUGGGCGUCUGUCUCACGGCUGGGACUCUUGGUGGCACCUCAGGCUGCUCUACCUCAUCAUUCCUGUGGCACCCGCUGCCCACCAGAGACAGCGCUGGACGAUGGCGUCUCAGGCCAUAUUUGCUGUUCAGAGGGAGUAUCUUGCUGGGCUCCUUCCCCUCCUCCCAGAACACCGCCCCGCGGGCCCUCCUCACAGGGCAGGAUGGCUGAGCGAGCCAAGAGCCAGCCUUCAGCGGGAGGCUGGGGUUGGGCCAGAGGGCCAAGUCCAAGGCUUCAAGUUUCCUCCCAACUCUCAGACUUGUGAACUUUAUCACAGACAAAUGGGUGAUACCCUGAGGUGUGGGUGCCACGUGGGUUAAUGGUGCCUGGCCUAGGCCAGCACACGGGGUGCUGCUUACACACUCUGCUCUCGGCUGCCUCGCCCCCUUGGGGGGGAUUGGUGGUGGUGGAGGGGUCAUCACUACUGUACACUACAAGAGAAGCGCCUGGCUGCUGCACUCGGACGACCUCGCCCUGGGUGAGGGCAGCUUCUAGCUUGGCCAGAGGUGGAUUGAUGAAAAUCACAACUUGUGAUUUUUUCUUUCAGGCAAAGCAUUAAAAGCAGGAUCCUAAACAUUCUGGUCUUUGCUACUUCCCUCCCCUAACUCCACUCCCCUGUGGAGUUUCCUCCUUCUCACCCCUUCGCUGUUUGCAAUGGAUUCUCCUGUGGAACUGUGGGAGGAUGCAGUAAGUCUCUGAUUGCAUCAUUUCUGUUAGAGGCCUGGACUGUUGUAGGAACAGGUGAUAGGGAGGUAGGAGACG